AACAAAGAAAGAAAGAAAGGUGGAAAGGAAAUCUAGUGCCCCACCUAACCUUCCUUUUCUCCGUUGAUUGCUGUCUUUGCCACUCGUCUUCUCAGCGACGUACCCAUUUGUAAUUCCAAAAGCUCAAACCGAAAGCAAGAAUCUUUUCCCAAAACCAAAAAACGAAAAUACCCAGAAAAAAAAAAAAAUAAUGGCCUGAGAUUCAUUCAAUCCAUCACAAUGUCCACAUUCAAAGACAAAGUUUCCGAGAGGAUCUCCCGUCUGUUUGGCGAUUCACCCAGCUCAGCCUCUGCUGUUCCUUCCCCAGAUGAGGGUGAAAAUCCCCAGGCCAGGUCAUAUUCUAAAGGGAGUAAAUCACUGUCUUCGUACUUUUCAUCCAUUAUCCCAUCUGUAGGUGGUGGUGGAUCUAGAUCAUACGAGCACCAGCAAUCUGUCCCACUUUGUAAUGUGAACUUUGACUCCAAAUAUGAAACCUUGGAUACAUUUGAAGACUGUCAUUCACCUGGUGAGAACAGGGAAACUGAAAAUGAUCGAGAAAACGAUGAUGACCAUGCUUCUAGAGGGAGCACCAGUGAGUCUGAAGUGUUUGAAGAAGCAACUUUACAGCAAAGUUCAGAAAAGCAACUGUCCUAUCUCAUGGAUGACUCUGUCUUCAUCUCCUCAGACUUGCUUGAAUUUUUGCUUUCUUCUCUUCCUAAUAUAGUGAAAGGGUGCCAAUGGGUUUUACUAUACAGUACGGCAAAACAUGGUAUAUCACUCCGUACACUAAUUCGCAAGAGCGCUGAAGUUUCCGGUCCAUGUCUGCUGAUUGGUGGAGAUACACAAGGUGCUGUGUUUGGUGGACUCCUAGAGGGCCCCUUGAAACCAACGGCAAAGAGAAAAUAUCAAGGAACGAACCAGGCAUUUGUUUUCACUACCAGAUAUGGUCAACCAAGGCUAUUUAGACCAACUGGAGCCAAUCGUUACUAUUACAUGUGUUUGAAUGAUCUGCUAGCUUUUGGGGGUGGCGGUAACUUUGCUUUAUGCUUAGAUGGAGAUCUGUUAAGCGGAACUAGCGGACCUUGUGAAACAUUUGGGAAUUUAUGCUUGGCUCAUAAACCAGAGUUUGAAUUGAAGAAUGUUGAGCUUUGGGGCUUUACACAUGCAUCACGGUAUCUUUCUUGAUACAAGCUAAAAUGAUUUUGCAGCGAAGCUUCAACAUUUUGCUCAGUUGUAUCUAUAGAUGUAUCUGUCUAUGAUUCCAUUCCUUUUUCAUUUCUUCUAGUUUACUCCAGUAUUGAACAUAGGAGGGUUGAAUUUGACAUGGGAUGAAUGACAAAGUAAUUAGAUUUGAAAAAUGUAGCUCAUCAUCUUAGUUGCUAUAUGCAAAAGUAUAAUGCCUUUAAAAUAUAGUUUCUUUAUAUUAUGUAGUUGUAAGCAUAUUUGAACAGCUACUGUAAUACAGUUCUGAUGCUCUAGAUAUAUAGUAAAUGGAAGACCAAUCAACCAGAGUUA